AGUUCAUAUUUCAGAGAAUUGUCUCACUGUAUUGAGCAAUGCCUUACAGCACCUCAAGUGUACUGAGCCAGUGUCUGAGUUCCAGUUGUGGGUGAAGCUAGUGAAAGAGGACAAAGAAGAGUUAUUGCAAGGUCACGAAUGUAUAUUUGCUAUUCAGAGCCAUCACAAUAGACACCAGAUUGACCUCACUAAUGACUCCAAUCCUCAGCAACUCGAGUUUGUCGUGAGACGAAAGCCCCAGCACGACAUAACACGGACUUCAUCCAGGAGUGGACUGAGGAGGAAGAUUAGAAUGUUAAAGAAGAGAUCAUACAAGCCAGUCAAAAUGUUCUCGGUUCCAUUGGAGGACAUUAUAGUGAAUAAUCAGCUCCCAGAGAAGCUACAAGAGAUGCUGAUAAGACUGUGGGUGGAUGGAGCUACCACUUCAGGAAUAUUCAGACUCAAUGGGAAUGCAAGAAAAAUAAGAGAAGUCAAAGAAGCCAUUGAUGGAAGAAAAUCAGUUGAUAUUGCUGAUGAAGGAAUCCAUGUCAUCUCAUCUCUACUUAAAGAGCUGUUAAGGAAUGUUCCAGGUGGUAUAUUACCAUCCUCCCGAUACACUGAGUUUGUAGCUACUAAUGACAUUGCUGAUGAAACCACUAGAAUCCAACAAAUCAGAAAGGUAUUGGGUAAACUCCCUGCACCUAAUCAAGUAUUUCUACGCUACCUACUGCCCCUCCUCCAUCACAUAGCCCAGUAUGAGGAACUGAACAAGAUGAGCACUACCAAUCUUGCCAUAUGCUUUGCCCCCUCUCUCCUUGAGCCAGACUAUUCCCUCGCAGUCAUUAAGAACGAGGCCCCCACACUAGUCGAGUUCAUGAUAAGACACUCCAUGGAGAUAUACAAUAACGAGUUGCCUGAGCUCUUCCGUCAGGCUGAUAUAGGACCUUCUGAGGCCUCCGAGAGUGAGAGAGAAAUGGGACCUGUACAAUACGUUAAAGUUAAAGAUGACGAUACCUCAGGUGGGGGCACCAUCUCCAGUAACGGCUCAAGGAAGUACUACCAUCAGCGAAACUUGAGCAUGGAGUCAACCUGUACCUCCGCCAGCGAGGACUCUUUCGAUGAAGACGACCAAUCGAGUUACCAGCACCUCUCACAGGCUGACGGGAACAUGACUCUGUUAUCAACCUCUUCAAGAGGUCAGGUCUCACUCCUGAGUGGCAGUAUUAGCACUGGGGUAGAAGGAGACAUGUCUGACAACGAGGAUGAUGAGAGUAUGGGUGGUACUUAUGAUAGAACCAAGUGGCCGAUCACGACACGUCAGGCUACUGGGGUCUGGUCCCGGCCGCCGUACUUAGAUGCAAAAUCAAGAAGACACUCGUUUGUAUCUCAAUCUCUUAGCACUAAACACUAUACACCUGAUCUAGCAUCUUCAUCGAUACUGGGGGCAGGGGGAGGGGUUGGGGGUAUCUCCCCUCUCUCUCGCUCAAGGAACUCCUCCCACGGGAUUGGUUCUCCGAUGUUCCCUCAUCGUGUUGAUCAUUUAGACUCUGAGACCACGAGAGUAGGAGGAGGAGGAGGAGGAGUGAUGCAUCCUGAUCCUGGGACCAGUAACAGCGGUAGCAGCAGCAGUGGGAGCGCUCGCAAGAAAAGAAAGAAGCCAGGUCACUCCAACUCAUUCUCAAAGUCGUCAGAUCUCCCCCACAUAGAGCCACGCAUCCCCCAAUCAACCUCUUUCUCUUACGCUAACGAUUACGAUUCACUUUUACCGGCAGCCGCUGACAGUAGACCGCGGAGUCACACUGUAGCAACUAGUUCAUCGUCUCGUCCCCUGACCCACUCAGUGACUGGUAGGGACACUCUAACAACAUCACUUGAGGCCGGAGGUAGCAGCAGUAUAUCAGGCCCUGGGAGCAGGGUCUCCAGUGCUGGGAUGACCCGCAGUGGAGGCUGGAAUCAACAAGGACUCUCGUCAAAUCGUCGGAGUGGCUCGCCUGAUGAUUCACUGGCAGAGUUCAUGAACACUCCUUUCUCUAAGCUUAACCCAGAGCUCAUUAAACAGACCAUCAGUCAUAGGUUUAAUCUCACGACUACUGGAAGCACCUCUUCUACAGCUGAUAAGAAAAGCUCACCACCUCCUGCAAAAGAAGACAUUAAAUCCUCAAGACUCAAAGAGAGCAGUGAUACUAAGACCACACCUAGUGCCAGUAAAUACUCUUCGUAUCAGCAGCAAUCCUCACCGUCUCACCAGAGACAAAUGAAAAGAGUUGAAUCGGUGGAUUCAACUACUGCUAGCAUUGACGACAGACCAGAGGCAGAGAGACACUUGAAUAGCCUCCCACGCUCUCAGAACUCUACCGGGUCACUCGGGAGAAGGAGCAUGUUUGCCACGAGUGAUAUCCUGUCCCUGGGUUACAAUAACCAGUCAGAGAGUGGAUCACAGCUCACUAUUGGGAGUGGGGCCGGGUAUAGCUCUGACACUGAGAGCUCUCCUAGCAGGACUUUAAACAGACCAGACAAACUCUCUGAGGUGACUGGCAGCCCGUACACUAUACCAUCACGAUACUCCAAGUAUAACAAUGACAAUAACACACCCUCACCAAAGGCUCCAGAGUCCUUUGACAGACCUCCAUCCAUUGAGGAACAUUCUUUGCAGAAAUCGCUAGACGACUCGUCCCGUCAGUCCAGAUCUAGCUUAUCUUACUCUACGCGUGAGUCCUACGUUAAGAAGAGAUCCUCGCUGACGUCUCAGUCACUCUCAAGCAGCAAAGGCAGACACAGUGGAGGAGAUUGGGAGCAGUCCGACGGUGACAGGAACUUUACUCGGUCUUUGCAAGAACCACCCGCUAGCGGCUCCUCAUCUUCCGAAAAAAUAAUAACUCUCUCCUCAAAAUCAUUUGACGAUAAGAUCGGCCCCAUGCCAGCACCUCACAUUGGUACUAGACAGUUAGGCUCCAAUUUAGCUUCGCACGAUCAUAAAUCCCGCUCCAUGCCUGGAGAGAGGAACGUUACUAGAAAGCAUACUGUGGAAGGUAGAGGGACUGGGGCUGUCUCUUACGUGAAGACCGAGAGGGUUGUGCGUUACGAACUACCUGUCCCUAAGAAGAUUCGGAGAAUAAAUCUCCGUGCUUACAAUAACGCAAAGUAACUUUUUUCAUCAUAUUGUGUCAAUGACGCUUCUUCCUAUUACUUUUCUAUCAAUUUUUGUCAUUUUCUCAUUGUGUAUUCUUCUUGUCUAUUAUACAUGUUAGAAUAUUAUUAUUAUUAUUAUUAUUAUUAUUAUUAUCAAUAUUAUUAUUGUUGUUUUAAGGCAGAACGUGCAAUUAUUCUUCUUUGUAUUGUUUCUAUUUUUGUUAUAAUAUUUUAUGUAUUUUGACAAUAAUGCAACUGUUAUUCAUGUUUUUUGUAAACUGGAAAA